CUGUCUGUUGCAACCCUGCAAUGAAUCUUCCGCACCGGCCAAGUAUCCUGCACAGGCCCCAACGGGCACAGCCAUCAAAGGCGAACGAAGAGACAUACGAGUCUCAGUACCAGAAGGAGCAAGCCAUCUUACGGGCUAAGCAGGAAAAGCAGCAGGAUACACGGGACAGGCUCCUUCGGUCCUUGCACCCGCAGCGUGAGGAUAAGGCGGCCGCUUGGGAGGAGCUUGUUGCAAGCAACUCACUGCUGGCCAGCAGGCACAACAGGGCGGAUAGACCCGAGCAGCCAUCAAAUCCUGCAAGCACGGCAAGCGCAAUGCCAGAUGGGACUAGACCAUGGCACCACGCCAUGGCAACGCAGCAGUUUACAGAAGCAGCAGAAGACGCUGCGCGACGCAGGUUUGCAGCUGAAGUGGCUGCCGAGAACCAGCGGCUUGCGAGGGAGAAGGAGCUGAAGCGGGCCAUGGAUGAGCAGGCCAAGCGACAACAACCGGUGCAGGAUACCUGGUACAACCGUGGCGAUACACACAUGCGCGCCGAGGCACACUACGGUUCCACGGGCGCUUCUGCUCUCUCAAGCGCAGCAGCGUGUCCCCAGCGACCCUCGACAGCCUACCCGUGGGCAACGACCAACGCUGGGUUGGCUGCACCCUCGAGCGCAGCUGCGAAUCCGCAGCGAUCCUCUACUUCCUACCCGUGGGCAACCGCUGACGCUGAGGUAGUGGUUCGGCCCCAGACCGCACAGCCAGCACAGAAGCUACCGGAGCGGCAGUACCCAUGGUCAUGGCAGUCGUAGGGCCACAGUGGAUGGGUAUCUGCAAUGCUGGCCGUGCGUUAGGGGCCCCAACUGCGGGCCCUUCGUUUAGUAUACGCGUUGG